ACCAGCUAGCGACGUAACGGCACAGCUACCAUCAAAGAAGGAGAGUCAGAUAGAGAGGGAGAAGCUGCCAGCGAUGGCGUGGAGAGGAGGCGGCGGCGGCGAUCUAUCAGUCGACGACGUCAACGACUACGUCGAGUACGACCCGACGCCCUACGGCGGCGGCUAUGACAUAAGCCUCACCUUCGGCCAGCCCCUCCCGCCGUCCGACGACAUUUGCUACCCCAUCUCAUCCUCCCAGUCCACCUCCUCUUCCUCUGCUGCCGACUCCAAUAGAGCCCAAUACUCCUCCGACUCCGCCGCAUCUUCUUACUACGCCGACAGUACUGACUCCGGUGAUCGCCGAUACGGGCGUCCUCGGCCGAAGCCGCAGUGUGCGUAUAACAGUGGUGGUGAUGGUGGUGGUUAUGGGAUGAGCGAAGAGUAUGGACAUGGAGAGAGACCUAGUAGUUAUGAGAGGCCAAGCUAUGAGGAGGAGAGUGGUACGCAUGCGAAGCCCAGCUACUACGUGCAGGGCCAAGGGGAAGUGUACAAUUAUAACCGCCCUAAAUAUAUAUGGAGAUGAAACUGAAGAGGAACAGAGAUGCGGCCACCACAAAUACCAUCACCGUCGCAAUUACAAUGAUGAGUGAACCAUUUACAGUGAAAUUUCCCCCUCUUGGUGUGGUUUGAUUCCCCCCAACAACACUAAUGGCUUAGUAAAGUUUGCGGUGCCGUGUUGCACAUUUGUUUGUAGUUCACAUUCUUCGAGUGUUGUUUGGAUUGAGACCUUUCCUAGUUCUUAUGUUGUUGUGUGUGUUGAAUAAAUUCACUUAAACAAUACCAUUAUGGCUUGUAAUGUUUUGGAAUUUUAUGACGGCUGAAUAUUUGUUCAUCA